AUGCCUGACUCAAAUUCGGACCAGAAAGACGACUCGCUCAACAAGCUCGAUAGCUUGUCAUCCCUGGCAAUGGGGGCAUAUGAAGGAUUCGAUGAACAAGAAGUACAAUACUUGGCAAGUGCAUAUAACGAUUCUGCACAAGGGUUGACGAGGUACUUAACUCACAUGUCUCAAGUCCCUGGGGUGAAUCCCCUCUUAGAAAUGGAUGAGAGACUUGACCCUAAUUCAAAUAAUUUUGAUGCUAAAUUUUGGGUAAAGAAUCAAAGGAAGUUGUUUGAAACAGAGAGGGAUUACUACAAGCCUUCACGCUUAGGUGUUGCGUAUAGGAAUUUAAGAGCACACGGGGUUGCAAAUGAUACAGACUAUCAGCCGACAGUUGCCAAUGCCGUGUGGAAAUUUACCACCGAGAUUAUAGGCUUUUUAAGAAACAAUGACGAGCGUAACCAAUUCAACAUUCUCAAGAGCAUGGAUGCGAUUAUCAAACCAGGUGAGCUUACAGUUGUUUUGGGAAGACCAGGUGCUGGGUGCUCUACGUUGUUGAAAACAAUUGCUGUCAACACGUAUGGCUUCCACAUCGGAAAGGAAACCACAAUAAAUUAUGAUGGAUUAACGCAAAAGGAUAUAGCAAAGCACUACCGAGGAGAUGUCAUUUACUCAGCUGAAACAGAUGUCCACUUUCCACAUUUGUCGGUGGGAGACACUUUGCAAUUUGCAGCCAGAAUGAGAACACCGCAGAAUAGAGGUGAAAACGUGGACAGAGANGACUAUUACAAACCUUCGAAAUUGGGUGUCGCUUAUCGAGACUUGAGAGCUUAUGGUACAGCAAAUGAUACAGAUUACCAACCAACAGUGACAAACGCUCUUUGGAAAUUCACCACGGAGGCUUUAUCCCACUUGAAAAAAGAAGACGAGUCGAAAAUGUUUGACAUUUUGAAACAUAUGGACGCUAUAAUGAGACCGGGAGAGCUUACAGUUGUUUUGGGAAGACCAGGUGCUGGGUGUUCUACAUUGCUAAAGACCAUCGCUGUCAACACAUACGGUUUCCAUCUCGGCAAGGAGUCAAAGAUAACUUACGAUGGAUUAACGCAGAAGGAGAUUACCAAACACUACCGAGGCGAUGUGAUCUACUCAGCUGAAACAGAUGUCCAUUUCCCACAUUUGUCGGUAGGGGAUACUUUGCAAUUUGCAGCCAGAAUGAGAACGCCGCAGAAUAGAGGUGAAAACGUGGACAGGGAAAAGUAUGCAGAGCACAUGGCCGAUGUGUACAUGGCCACUUACGGGUUGUUACAUACCAAGAACACCAAUGUUGGUAACGACUUUGUUCGAGGUGUAUCGGGUGGAGAAAGAAAGAGAGUUUCUAUCGCCGAGGCGUCCUUGAACGGAGCUAAUAUCCAAUGUUGGGACAAUGCCACCAGAGGGUUGGACUCAGCCACAGCAUUGGAGUUCAUCAGAGCAUUGAAGACAUCAGCUGCAAUCUUGGAUACCACCCCUUUGAUUGCCAUCUACCAGUGCUCGCAAGAUGCAUACGACUUAUUCGACAAGGUUGUUGUGUUGUACGAGGGAUACCAAAUCUUUUUUGGUCGCGCCGAUAAAGCAAAAGAAUUUUUCGUCAACAUGGGGUGGGAUUGCCCACAAAGACAAACCACUGCUGAUUUCUUAACAUCGUUAUCCAACCCAGCCGAAAGGAAGCCACGCCCAGGAUUUGAAGAUAAAGUGCCACGCACUGCAGAGGAGUUUGAAUCAAGAUGGAAGAGCUCGCCUGAGUAUGCUGCUUUAACCAAGGAGAUUGAUGAGCACUUUGCUGAAUGUGAAAACAAAAAUACCAAGCAAUUAUAUCAUGAAUCACACGUAGCAAGACAAUCAGACCACAUUCGUCCAGCAUCUCCAUAUACUGUGUCAUUUGGAAUGCAGGUGAAGAAUUUGAUGUACAGAAACUGGCUAAGAACCAAAGGUGAUCCGUCCAUCACGUUGUUUUCGAUCUUUGGACAAUUGGUUAUGGGACUUAUUUUAUCAUCGAUUUUUUACAAUUUGCAGCCAAAUACGGGUUCAUUUUACUUCAGAGGGGCAGGUUUGUUCUUGGCAGUGUUGUUCAAUGCAUUUUCAUCGCUUUUGGAGAUUUUGGCACUUUUCGAUGCGAGACCAAUCGUUGAGAAACACAAAAAGUAUGCGCUUUAUCGACCAUCUGCGGAUGCUUUAGCCAGUAUCAUAACCGAGUUACCUACAAAACUAUUGAUGUCCAUGUCGUUUAAUUUUGUCUUCUACUUUAUGGUUAAUUUUAGAAGAAAUCCAGGAAGGUUUUUCUUCUACUGGUUAAUGUGUUGUUGGUGUACCUUAGUUAUGUCACAUAUGUUUAGAUCUAUCGGUGCAGUGUCCAAUUCGAUUGCCGAAGCUUUAACCCCAGCAACCGUUAUUUUGCUUGCAAUGAUUAUCUUUACUGGUUUUGUUAUCCCCACGCCAGAUAUGUUAGGAUGGUCGAGGUGGAUCAAUUACAUCAACCCUGUUGGAUACGUGUUUGAAUCGUUGAUGGUUAAUGAAUUCCACAAUCGUGACUUUGCAUGUGAACAAUUUGUUCCAUCGGGUCCUAAUUAUCAAAACAUUGCACAGGUUAAUAGGAUAUGUUCAGCAGUAGGAUCAAAACCUGGCUCUGAUGUUGUAAAUGGUACUGAUUAUGUUGAUUUGGCUUAUGAAUACUACAAUGCACACAAGUGGAGAAAUUUUGGUAUUACCGUCGGAUUUGCUGUGUUUUUCUUAUUUGUCUACAUUGCCCUUACUGAAUUCAAUAAAGGGUCUUUGCAAAAAGGUGAGAUUGUGUUGUUCUUGAGGGGUUCAUUGAAGAAGCAGAAGAAAAAGAGACUGGAGAAGGACUCUGGAUUUGGUGGUAUGCCAAAUGAGAAGGUGUCUCGUGAGGCGGAAGGGGAAGCAGCCAGAUUUGAAAAGAAUGCAGAUGAAGGCUCUGUGGGGUCUACUGAGAUACCAAGCAAUAGAGAAAUA